GAGAGCAAAUCCUUGUGUGUGUCACUUAGGAAUACCAGCCCCACAAGCCUGGUCUUUUUUUCCCUCACUGUUUUAUGUCUCCUCGCUGUAACUUUAACAUUAAGAGAAAUAAGGAUGCCACCUCACCCUCUUCUGUCUUCUCGGCUGCCUCUGUGUUGAGCCCAUGGUAAAGGCGUAGAUAACUCUUGAUGUGAGUGUGAGGGAACCAAAACUCCCGUAUGUUGCAUAGUUUGCUGCAGGAAGGAUAAAUGGCGAUGUUACUAAUCCCUUAAUUCAUGACCAGAGCCUUCCCUCCGCCCCAAGUAGGAUAGAAGGAUGCCCAGAGGCAGAAAAGAACAUCGAGUGAAAUGUGCAUUAACUAUCUGAAUCACUGCGUUCUUGGGAGAGUCAGAGCAACUGUCAAAGCCCCCAAAGUAUUCAUUUUUAUUGGUUUUGAUGUCGAUUUGCUGCUGUUAGAGAUUCAGGUCUCAUCUUCGCUUCUGAGAUCAUCUGAAUGACAUCGGCGUUGGAGAAGGGAAGAGCGGAGACGAGGCAUCCACAGGCAGCCCUGGAUCCUGAGUGUAGACAUCUGGGAGGAGGCGGGGCGUGCACGAGAGCCUGGCCUUUCCAGCUUGCCGGGCACAAGGCUGAGCGGGAGGAACUGAGAGGCAUCCAAGUGGGCAGUGUUUUGCCUUUACCUCCAGUGACCAUGAGAGGUGCCACGCAAGUUUCAAUCAUGCUCCUCCUAGUAACUGUGUCUGACUGUGCUGUGAUCACAGGGGCCUGUGAGCGGGAUGUCCAGUGUGGAGCAGGCACCUGCUGUGCCAUCAGCCUGUGGCUUCGAGGGCUGCGGAUGUGCACCCCGCUGGGGCGGGAAGGUGAGGAGUGCCACCCCGGCAGCCACAAGGUCCCCUUCUUUGGGAAACGCCAGCACCACACCUGUCCUUGCUCUCCCAACCUGCUGUGCUCCAGGUUCCUGGACGGCAGGUACCGCUGCUCCACGGACUUGAAGAACAUGAACUUUUAGCGCUUGCCUGGUCUCAGGAUGCCCACCAUCCUUUUCCUGAGCACAGCCCGGAUGUGCAUGCGUUUCCUGCCAUGCAACCCAGCUCCCAUAACUCUCCCAGUGCCUGCACUGACUACCCUGAUCUCUCUUGCCUAGUACGCACAUACAAACACAGGCAGACACACCUCCCAUCAUGACAUGGUCCCCAGGCUGGCCUGAGGAUGUCCCAGCUUGAGGCUGUGGCGUGAGAGGUGGCCAGCCUGGUUCUCUUCCCUGCUCAUUUGCCAGAGAAGUGACAAAUCGCAGAAAGGACAUUCCUCCUCCCCUCCCCAGGUGACCUGCUCUCUUCCCUGGGCCCUGCCCCUCUCCCCACAGGUGCCCGUCUGACUGAACUAGACAUUCCUGAGCACAGGCUCUCAGGUGACUUGCUGAGUCCCAGGUCCCGGCCUGACCCUCAGGCCCUCUCUGUGAUGUCUAUGGGGACCCAUCCGUGGGUUGUUCAUCUUCCUUUGAUUGGUCAACUCCUUAGUUUUAGACCACAGGCUCAAGGUAGGCUCUUCCCAGAGAGCAGCGGACAGUCACCCCAAGGCUGGUGUAGGGAGCCAGGGAGGUCAAUCAGCCCCCUGAAGGCUCUAGUCCCAGCCAGCCUGUGGUCUGACUUUCUGCCUGAAUUGUCAUGCCUUGAAGGCCCCCUCUUACCACACUCUACGAGUUAACCACUGAAGCCCCCAAUUCCCACAGCUUUUACAUUAAAAUGCAAAUGGUGGUGGUUCAAUCUAAUCUGAUACUGACAUAUGAGAAGGCGGUUAGGGUGUUUCCCUAGACAGCUGCUUUCCAGGGAUCAGCCCUGAGAGUGGGAUGGUGACUUUGAGGGGGGGCAGUCCUCUGUCCAGAUUGGGUGGGAGCAAGGGAGCGGGAGCAGGGCAGGGGCGGAAAGGGGCAUUGGUUUCAGACCAGGAAGGCAACUACACACCAACCUGCUGGCUUCAGAAUAAAAGCGUGAACUGAA